UCUUUUCAAGAGUGAACUGGUUCAACACAUACUAGGAACAUGAGAACAGUGAAGUGUUAGACUCCAUUUUCACCUGGAUGAGCAGAAGGAAGGAAAGUGAGCAGACUGAAGAUGAGUGGUUAUCACGAGGACGAGGAGGACAGAGCAGAGUCUCCAGUGUCCUGCUGUGUGUCUCUGAAGAGUGACAUGUCCAUGGAACUUCCUAUACUCUUCAGUAAUGAACCUGGACCCUCACAAACAGAUGUGUUUCCUCUCAGACUGAAGAUGAGUGGUUAUCACGAGGACGAGGAGGACAGAGCAGAGUCUCCAGUGUCCUGCUGUGUGUCUCUGAAGAGUGACAUGUCCAUGGAACCUCCUAUACUCUUCAGUAAUGAACCUGGACCCUCACAAACAGAAGAGAGGAAGAGGAGUCAUUUUUCUGAGGAGGAGCAGUCGUCCUGUUGUGCUUCGUGUCAGGAUGUCCUGAAGGAUCCAGUCUCCACCAGCUGUGGACACUGGUUCUGCAGACAGUGCAUCACGUCAGACUGGGACCAGUCUGGUUCUUCAGGAGACUCCUCCUGUCACCAGUGUGAACAAGGAUCCAGAACAGGAGCUGGAGCAGAUCGUGGUCUGCAGGAGGUUUUAGAUGAACAUAUGCUCAGUCUGAGGAGGAGGCAUGAACAUGUGACUGAAGGAACUGAUGAAACAGAGAGUAGAACCCCCCUCAACAGGAUCUACACUGAGCUCUACAUCACAGAGGGACAGAGUGAAGAGGUUAAUACUCAACAUGAGGUGAGGCAGCUUGAGACGGCUUCCAAGAGGAAGAGCCUCCACGACACUCCCAUCAAGUGCCACGACAUCUUCAAAGCCUUAACUGACCAGCAGACCAGCAUCAGAGUCGUCCUGACCAACGGCGUCGCUGGCGUUGGAAAAACCUUCUCGGUGCAGAAGUUCACUCUGGACUGGGCAGAGGGUUUAGAAAACCAAGAUGUCCGUCUGCUGACUGUGCUUUCGUUCAGGGAGCUGAACCUGGUGAAGGACCAGCAGCACAGUCUCCUCACGCUGCUCCGUGUUUUCCAUCCAGCGUUACAGAAGCUCACGGCAGAGAAGCUCACUGUCUGUAAACCUUUGUUCAUCUUUGAUGGCCUGGAUGAAAGCAGACUUUCUCUGGACUUCGACCACAGGGAUCUUGUGUCUGAUGUCACACAGAGGUCAUCAGUCAACGUGCUGCUGACAAACCUCAUCCGGGGGAAUCUGCUUCCCUCGGCUCUCGUCUGGAUAACCUCCAGACCUGCGGCGGCCAAUCAGAUCCCUCCUAAAUGUGUUGACAGGGUCACAGAACUACGAGGCUUCACUGAGGCCCAGAAGGAGACGUACUUCAUGAGCAGAUUCAGUGAUGAAGAGCUGUGCAGCAGAAUCAUCUCACACAUCAAGACGUCCAGGAGCCUCCACAUCAUGUGUCAAAUCCCAGUCUUCUGCUGGAUCAUUGCUACAGUUCUGGAGCACAUGUUGACCACAGACCAGAGAGGAGAGCUGCCCAAGACCCUGUCUGGCCUGUACUCACACUUCCUGCUGGUUCAGACAAAGAGGAAGAACAACAAGUACGAUGAGGGACAUGAGACGAGUCCACAGAAGCUGACGGGGGCUGACAGGGACGUUCUUCUGAAGCUAGGGAAGCUGGCGUUUAAACAUCUCAGGAAAGGAAACAUUAUGUUCUAUCAAGAAGACCUGGAGCAGUGUGGUCUUAAUGUCACAGAGGCCUCUGUGUACUCAGGAGUUUGUACUCAGAUCUUCAGAAGAGAGUGUGUGAUCUUUCAGAAGUCAGUCUACUGCUUUGUUCAUCUGAGCGUUCAGGAGUUUCUGGCUGCAGUCUACAUGUUGUACCAUUACACACUCAACACAGAAGAACUUAACAACUUCUUGAGAAUACAUGAGGACACAGACAGUACCUUCUCCUUGGAUUACCUCCUGAAGAAGACCAUGAAGAAAUCCCUCACCAGUAGAAAUGGUCAUCUGGACCUUUUUGUUCGCUUCCUUCACGGCCUCAGUCUGGAGUCCAACCAGAGAGUCUUAGGAGGCCUGCUGGGUCCGACAGAGAACAAUCCAAAGAUCAUCCAGAGAGUCAUCAACAACCUGAAGGAGAUGCAGAGUGAUGACAUUUCUCCUGACAGAAGCAUCAACAUCUUCCACUGUCUGAAUGAGAUGAACGACCACUCAGUUCAUCAGCAGAUGCAACUGUUCCUGACGUCAGGGAACAAAUCGAAGGAGAAACUCUCUGAGAUCCACUGCUCAGCUCUGGCCUACAUGCUGCAGAUGUCAGAGGAGGUUCUGGAUGAGUUGGACCUGAAGAAGUUCAACACAUCAAAACAGGGUCGACAGAGACUGAUCCCAGCUGUGAGGAGCUGCAGGAAGGCUGUACUCGGUGGUUGUGAAUUCUCAGAGAUUCACUGUGAAGUCGUGGCCUCAGCUCUGAAGUCAGACCCCUCACUUCUGAUAGAAUUGAUUCUGAGUAACAACAAGCUGAAGGAUUCAGGAGUGAAGCUGCUGUGUUCUGGACUGAAGAGUCCAAACUGUCGACUGGAGUAUCUGAGGUUGGAUCGCUGCAGUCUGUCAGAGAUCAGCUUUUCGUCUCUGGCUUCAGCUCUGAGGUCAAACCCCUCUCAUCUGAGAGAACUGGAUCUGAGUAACAACAACCUGCAGGACUCAGGAGUGAAGGAGCUGUGUGGUUUUCUACAGAGUCCAACCUGUCGACUGGAGCAUCUAGCGUCAGACAUCAUGUUUAAUGUUAAAGCUUCAGUGUGUAGGAUUUACUGAUAUCU